AAUGAAUUUUGGACAAACGCACCUAAUCCUGAAAAGGAUCGUGAUACGAUUAAGAAUUUACAUGAAGAAGGCAUACUGAACAUAUCAUCACAAACCUUGACUACUAAAACAUUUUGGGACUGCUUUCGCGAUAGUUAUAAUGCGAAUUUUAAAGGAACGGACGGUAAAAUGCGUAUAUUAUCAAUAAUUGCAGAAAGGUUCACAUAUCAAGAAAUAAUGAAUGAAUUAGAAGUUUCUCCCAAUACUAUUAAUACGGCACAAAAAUUUUCUCGUAUCAAUAGGCCUGGAUGUGUUGUAUUAGAAAAACCUAAAAUUAUUUGUUCAAAAAUGUCAGAGGUCAAAGAAAGAAAAUUUGAGUUAUUUUUUAAUAAUAAGGAUAAUGUAAUCAUGAGUUCAUAUAAAUUCGAUGAAAGAGCACAAUUACCUGAUCACUUGGUUCAUAAAAUAGAAUUAUUACGCCUUCACCUAAAACGAUAUUAUGAAAAUGAAUUAGAUGUAAAUGAGAAUG